AGAAGAAGAAGCAGAAGCAUCUAUCUUCCCGCUGGUCCAGUACCAACAACCAUUAGAACCACCAGCAUAGCAUCACCACCUCUCCCUCCCGCGCCUGGCGGACUCUUCAGCUCGCUGCUAGGCCCCCCUCCCUCCCUCCUCCUCCUCCUCCUCCUCCUCCUCCUCCUCUCCCAGUCGCCCCUUCCUUUUCCCGGAGAGGGGCAGCGAACUGAGAGAGGAGAGCCAGGCGGCCAGCCCGGAGGAGGGGAGGGGGGAAACCUUGCAAAAGUGGGGGCGCAGCCGUUGAUCCUCAGAAAGAGCAAUAGCAACAGCAGCAGGAGAAGAUGCUGAGGAUGCGGACCACGGGGUGGGCGCGCGGUUGGUGGCGCCUGAGCCGCUGCUGCUGCUGGUGGUGUUGUCUGCUCCUCAUGCUGCUGCGGAUCUCGCUCAGCCCGGUGGCCGCUAAGCAACUCCUCCGGUACCGCCUGGCCGAGGAAGGCCCGGCCGACGUGCGCAUCGGGAACGUGGCCUCCGACCUGGGCAUCGUGACGGGCUCCGGAGAGGUGACUUUCAGCUUGGAGUCGGGCUCGGAAUACCUGAAGAUCGACAACCUGACGGGCGAGCUGAGCACCAGCGAGCGACGCAUCGACCGCGAGAAGUUGCCCCAGUGUCAGAUGAUCUUCGACGAGAACGAGUGUUUCUUAGACUUCGAGGUGUCCGUCAUCGGGCCUUCGCAGAGCUGGGUAGACCUCUUCGAAGGCCGGGUCAUCGUGCUGGACAUCAACGACAACACGCCCACCUUCCCGUCGCCCGUGCUCACCCUCACGGUGGAGGAGAACCGACCCGUGGGCACCUUGUAUUUGCUGCCCACCGCCACGGACAGGGACUUCGGCCGCAACGGCAUCGAGCGCUACGAGCUGCUGCAAGAACCCGGGGGCGGCGGCGGCGGCGGCGGAGGCGAGAACCGGCGCCCCGGGCCUGCAGACGGCACCCCUUAUUCUGGGGGCGUUGGCAACGGGCCCAAAAGGCGCCCAGAGGGGCCCGAAGUUGGUAGCAGCAGUGGGCCCGGCUUGGGGGGCAGCAGCGGCGGCGGUGGCAGGAGCAGCGUGUUCGAGCUGCAAGUCGCCGACACCCCAGACGGCGAGAAGCAGCCGCAGCUGAUAGUGAAGGGAGCACUGGAUCGCGAGCAACGCGACUCCUACGAGUUGACCCUGCGGGUGCGGGAUGGAGGCGAGCCCCCGCGUUCCUCGCAGGCCAUCUUGCGGGUGCUCAUCACCGACGUGAACGACAACAGCCCCCGAUUCGAGAAGAGCGUGUACGAGGCCGACCUGGCGGAGAACAGCGCCCCGGGCACGCCCAUCCUGCAGCUGCGGGCCGCAGACCUGGACGUCGGGGUGAACGGGCAGAUCGAGUACGUGUUCGGGGCGGCCACCGAGUCGGUGCGGAGGUUGCUGCGGCUCGACGAGGCUACGGGGUGGCUCAGCGUGCUGCACCGCAUCGACCGCGAGGAGGUGAACCAGCUGCGUUUCAGCGUCAUGGCCCGCGACCGUGGCCAGCCCCCCAAGACCGACAAGGCCACCGUGGUGCUCAACAUCAAGGACGAGAACGACAACGUGCCCUCCAUCGAGAUCCGCAAGAUCGGACGCAUCCCUCUCAAAGACGGGGUGGCCAACGUGGCCGAGGAUGUGCUGGUGGACACCCCCAUCGCCCUGGUGCAAGUGUCCGACCGAGACCAGGGCGAGAACGGGGUGGUGACUUGCACCGUGGUGGGCGAUGUGCCCUUCCAGCUCAAGCCCGCCAGCGACACCGAGGGCGACCAGAACAAGAAGAAGUAUUUCUUGCACACCUCGGCCCCUCUGGACUAUGAGACCACCCGGGAGUUCAACGUGGUCAUCGUGGCCGUGGACUCGGGCAGCCCCAGUCUGUCCAGCAACAACUCCCUGGUGGUCAAAGUGGGGGACACCAAUGACAACCCACCCGUCUUUGGCCAGUCGGUGGUGGAAGUGUAUUUCCCCGAGAAUAACAUCCCAGGGGAGAGAGUGGCCACGGUCCUGGCCACAGAUGCAGACAGCGGAAAGAACGCUGAGAUCGCCUAUUCCCUGGAUUCUUCCGUGCUGGGGAUCUUUACCAUCAACCCCGACACUGGGGACAUCUUGGUCAACACCGUGCUGGACCGGGAGCAGACGGACAGGUAUGAGUUUAAAGUGAAUGCCAAAGACAAAGGGGUCCCCGUGUUGCAGGGUAGCACCCGGGUGAUCGUGCAGGUGGCUGACAAGAAUGACAAUGACCCUAAGUUUAUGCAGGAUGUCUUUACCUUUUAUGUGAAAGAAAACUUGCAGCCCAACAGCCCCGUGGGGAUGGUCACCGUGAUGGAUGCUGACAAGGGGCGCAACGCGGAGAUGAGCUUGUACAUCGAGGAGAACAGCCACAUGUUUUCCAUCGAGAAUGACACGGGGACCAUUUAUUCCACCAUCUCCUUUGACCGGGAACAUCAGACCACCUACACAUUCCGAGUCAAAGCUGUGGAUGGAGGGGAUCCCCCUAGAUCAGCCACUGCCACUGUUUCUCUCUUCGUGAUGGAUGAGAAUGACAAUGCCCCCACCGUCAACUUGCCCAGAAACGGUUCCUAUAUUUUACUGCCCCCUUCCAGUAAUGUCAGGACAGUUGUAGCCACAGUGCUGGCAACAGACAGUGAUGAUGGCAUCAAUGCAGACCUGAACUAUAGCAUUGUGGGAGGGAAUCCCUUCAAGCUCUUUGAGAUUGAUGCCACCAGUGGUGUGGUUUCCUUAGUGGGGAAACUCACCCAGAAACAUUACGGUUUGCACAGGUUGGUGGUGCAAGUCAAUGACAGUGGGCAGCCUUCCCAAUCCACCACAACUCUGGUGCACGUGUUUGUCAAUGAGAGUGUGUCCAAUGCAACUGUGAUUGACUCUCAGAUAGCCAGAAGUUUGCAUACUCCGCUCACCCAGGAUAUAGCUGGUGACCCCAGCUAUGAAAUGAGCAAACAGAGACUCAGCAUUGUCAUUGGGGUGGUGGCUGGAAUUAUGACAGUUAUUCUCAUCAUCUUAAUUGUGGUGAUGGCAAGGUACUGCCGGUCCAAGAACAAAAAUGGCUAUGAAGCCGGCAAGAAAGACCAUGAAGACUUUUUUACACCACAACAGCAUGACAAAUCUAAAAAGCCUAAAAAGGAUAAGAAAAACAAAAAGUCAAAGCAGCCUCUCUACAGCAGCAUUGUCACUGUAGAGGCUUCUAAACCCAAUGGACAGAGGUAUGACAGUGUCAAUGAGAAGCUCUCAGACAGCCCCAGCAUGGGGCGAUACCGGUCAGUGAAUGGUGGGCCUGGCAGUCCUGAUCUGGCCAGGCAUUACAAAUCCAGUUCCCCAUUGCCUACUGUCCAACUUCACCCUCAGUCACCAACAGCAGGGAAAAAACACCAGGCCGUCCAAGAUCUACCACCAGCCAACACAUUUGUGGGAGCAGGAGACAACAUAUCAAUCGGAUCAGAUCACUGCUCCGAAUACAGCUGUCAAACCAAUAACAAGUACAGCAAACAGCCAUUUCGUAGAGUGACGUUUUCUGUUGUGAGUCAGCCCCAGGACCCUCAUCAGGGGUCACUGCAGAGUUGCUAUGACAGCGGGCUGGAGGAGUCAGAAACACCAAGCAGUAAGAGUUCAUCAGGGCCAAGACUGGGUGCCCUUCCACUCCCAGAAGACAACUAUGAAAGGACCACGCCGGAUGGCAGUGUUGGUGAGGCAGAGCAUAUGGAAAAUGAUUCAAGACCUCUUCCAGAUGUUGCCCUGACCGGGAAGUGCACGCGGGAAUGUGAUGAAUACGGCCACUCAGACUCGUGCUGGAUGCCUGUCCGCACAUCCCCGGAGAGGAAGAAGAGCCAGCCUAAACUCUCCACCUUCAUGCCUGUUGAUGAACGAGGUAGCCAGGAAAAGCUGGCCAACGGCGAGGCUGCCGUCAUGGGUGACCGCAACAGAAACCUCCUAAACAAAAAGUUGACCUCCUCCUAUGAGACCUUCAGUGCAGCUAGUUUCAGCAAGAAUGAGGAAGCUAAUCCUGAGGAUAUUCCCCUGACCAAAACAGGGGAAUACAAGCCAUCUCCUGUCAAUACUCUCACUAGAAGAGAAGUGUACCUGUAGGCUAAACGAGCGACAGCAAAAUUCUUUUUCCAUAGGAGAAGAAGAAUAAGGGGUGAUGCUUAUACAGCAAAUGUUUUUGAUCUAAACGAGGGGGCUACCAAAGAGACAUAGCUUUGCCUGCCACUUCUGCCUCCAGAUCAGGCCUUUAGUGAUAAUUGUUAGCCUGAUUGUAAUGUACCUAUGUAGAAGUCAUCCUUGUUACUUGCAUGUCUAAUCCCCUCACUGAUUCCCGACACCCACUUUUCCUCUUCUGCAACCCUGUCCCUGCAAAAACAAAAACAAACCACAAAAAAAACACGAAAAACAAAAACAAAAAAGAUGGUUGCAAGUUUCUUUUCAUGGUAACGAGCCUGAUUAGCAGAACACAACACACUUUCAUCUUCCCUUAGCUGAAGCAUGAUUUUUAGUCACUUUGAUUUAGUUUGAGUGUUAUCCGGCUAGUCAAUGACAAUAAACAAACAAACAAAUAAAUAAGACAAAAUUUGUUUUAGACUUAACUUCAGAUUGCCCAUCACCAUACUGAAAAAACAAAUCCCUCACAGUGAAACAAUUUAUAGAGUACCUCUAAAGACAUUUUACCUAUAGAGGACUCUGAAACAUUUGGGGAAGAUCAGAGCUUUAAUAUUCCAAUCAAAAAAGUCAAAUUUAAACAAUAUCCAGUUGAUGAUUGUUGUCUCAAGUUGCAGUAUGUCAUUCUUUUCAAGUCAGAAGCAUUAACCAACUUCAUACGUUCAUUGACUAUUAUUAGUGUAAACACAAUCUCGGUCACACAUAUGACACUGAUUAUAACUUGUAAAAUAUACAUAUCUAUUUUUCUGAACAGCAUCACUACUAUCAACUAACUGGAACAAUUGUGUCAUUAGAAGGCCAAAGAUCAUAAGGCAGAUCAGGGAACCGAUGAAGUAGAUUUGGUCUUGACAAGAAAAUCUGUUCAACAACAUAAGCAACUGAAUCCAUGCACUCGAAAAAUCUGAGACUGGUUUGUUUUACUUUGUCUCUAUAUCCAGCAAACUUGUUUUUCUUUGUAAAUGUACUUUAUUUGGAAAUGUAGAAAAUGAAAAGUGAAUGAAACCUCUGUGUAUCAUAAUAGGUAAUUUGUUUUAAAAAAGAUUCAGGGAAGAUUCCAGUUAAAAAAAUUAAUAAAUAUGUUGUGAAUAGAUUCUGGACAGAAAGAUACAUUGACACAGUCUUAGAAAAAUGUCCACUUUUUCCAUAAUAGAAAGCAGGUUUUGCUUGCUAGUCUUAUUAUUCAUAUUUCAAGUGACCAAUGGCAUAUUUUACUUGUUCUAUGCACACUUUCAUAUGACACAAGUGCAUUAAUGUUGAAUCCAGUGCAAUACAGAACUAUUUCAAGACAGCAUUGCAGCAAGGUGACAGUUUGUUGCCAAUGUGAUUCAAACUUAUUUAAUAUAUAUCAUAAAACAAAUUCAAAAAUAAACAAAAAUUAAUUCUGGGAAGUAACAUGUCUUAGUGUAUACAUCUCAAAGUUGGAAAACUAUGCAGAUUUUUUUGUGUGUGUAGUAGUGAGGAAUAUGAAGGCCAGAGAGAUAGUAAAUUGCCUUGCACACAUCAACCUAAGUUAGAUCCAGGGUGCCACAUAUGGCCCCCUGAAUCCAGUCAGGAAUGAUCUUUGUAUACAGAACCAGGAGUAAGUCAUGAGAACUAUUGGUCGUGGCCAAAAAACAAUAAAAACUCAAAGAAAUAGAAUGUUAGUUAAUUGUUCUAUACAGGUUUAUAUAACAAAAUUAAAAUUUAACUUGGAAUAUUUAGACAAAAGUGACAAUCCAGGAAUAGAAAUGGAUAACAGGUGAAAAGAACAAUCAUUCUCCUCCUGAAUAUUAUGACCUAAAUAAGACAUUUCCUUGAUGGCACUCUAGCAAACUGUAAAAAUUACAAUGUAGCUUUGGAUAGUUUAAUGCUUUACAGAAUUCCUUAGACUAUAAAGUGAAGCAUCCUGGGAUAUAGUUUGUAAAUUUGCUCAGUCAUUAAAAUCUUUAUCUUUAAAAACCACUUUUUUGAUGGUGGUCUCUUUUGGGGGUCAUUUCCUUAAAAAUCAUUUUCUAAAUGGAGUUUUCUUUUAAGUGUUAGCUUAUGUAUAGUAUUUAGGAUGAAAGAAGGUAUGUAAUUGAAACAACAGUGGACUAAAAUAUCAAUAAUUGAACAUGGUUAUGUUUGAUUAUUAUUUACAUUAUGAAAAGAUGCAAUUCUAGUUCUUUGUUAGGAAACUGCAUUAAAGCAGUUCUGCCUUGUAUAAUCUGUAAGUACCUAUUAAGACAAAAUGCUUCUAAAGAUACUUAUGAAAUGUAUACAUAUUUUUCUUGCACGUUACAGAAGAAAUACUCAAUUGCAUAACACAGAUGUUGAACACAAUUUUUAUGUGUUUUUUUUUUCUUUCAUGAGACACUUCCAACCAUUAGGUAGCUCAUUUUACUCUAUCUUAAAAACCCUCUGUUUUCUAUAAAGCUCAUAUGGGUCUUAGUGGAUCUUCCGAGUAAUUGGAUUCACAUGCCCAUAAGUUAUUUUCACCACAUUCAAGACAGAUUUACCAUUGUCAUUUAAUUUGUGAGCUUCUCUUUAGAACUAAAAUGGGUGUGAAAGAAUAAAAUUCAGUGUACUGUAAGUAUUUGCAGUAAUUCUAGUAGAAUUAGCUAUCAUAACAUGUUUAUUAUAUAAUGAGCUGGCAUGACACAGAAAUAUAUUUUGUGUUUGUAUGACUUUUAUUUUGAAUAGGUUAAAUCUGGUGCCACUCCAUAUAGAGUGCUUUUGAAAAAAAAUCAAUAAAAAGAAACAAAAAAUAAAUAAAUGAGUGAAUGCAAAAUAAGCAACUGUGCCUUUUAUACCUGUUGUUAUGGUAAAAAAAAAAAGGUUGUUGGGUUUGGACAAUGAGGGGAAAUGGGCUAUUCCCAACUUUUUUGAUCUUGUAUAUUUAUCCAUGUUUAUUUUCUGAAAAUGAUAAAUAAUAUAUUAAAAUUUGCCUUCUGACAAACUCAGACAAUGGACCAGUCUUAAAUAUUAUUUGCCCAUAAAGCAAAAUUAUGACAUUAAUAUGGGCUGCAUAAUACCUAUGAGAAGGUUAUAACACAUAUUGUAAUAGUUACUCAGAGAGAUUUCAUCAGGGUUGAAAUCAGUCCAUUUUUCAAAGUAAAAUAUUGACUUAGAAUUUCUAUUUUCUAUUUUUAUUAUGAUUUUUCUUUUACCUGCUGUUUCAAUUCUGUUGCACAAUAUAUAAAGCAUUCUUGUUUCUGUAUACAAAAAUAUCAAGUGAACUUUGCAUGCAUAUACAUUAGGACACAUUUAUAAAUUAAUGAGUAACUAUAUCAAUUUAUGUGUAUUAAAACGCCUGUAAGAUUCAGUCUAAAAUCCAAUGUUUGCUCUGAAGCUCUAGGUAUCAUUUUUGUAUGGUUUCUGACUGGCCUGCUGCCUGCGUUUCAGAAAACAAAGAAGGCAUUAUUUUUAUGGGAAGUGGAACUAAGAUGGUACUGAAGAUACCUGACUGAAAGAUACCCUAGGGAGCUGUCUUAUAGGAAAAUAAAUUUACUUAAACACACAGACCAGAAGACAUUUGCAAGAAUCAAAGAGCCAUCCUAAUAUUGUCAUGAGAAUCCUGGAGACCUAAAUAAGUUAAUUAUAUUUUAUCAGUGGUAAAUGUAUAAUAUGCUCUUCAAGGAAAAAUUAAAAAAAGUGAAGAUAAGCAUGAACAUGUGAAUUAAGGCUUGCUAGUUGUGACCUAGACAGAGCUUCCCAUAACAUCUGGAGGAAGGCAUCAUUUUCCCAGCUUACUAGGGUUUACUUUCAGACAAUAUUUCUUACAUUUUAAAGCACUUGCAUUCAGUGUGGUACGACCUGUUUGUAAUGUUAAUCAUUGACUAUUGUUCUGCUACUUGGAUGUUGAUAGUGAAGCAGAGAACAAUUUAUCAUCGUUUAAUAUGAGUCACUAUGCACGAAACUAUGCUAAACAUGGCGAAAUGUAUUAAACACUCGUCCAACUAUUUAUGAAAUAUUUUACAUAAUUUAAUUUGCUUUUGUACAGUUUUAUGUAAAUAAAUUGCUUGUCACUUUUUGUCUCUGCAAAUUAAAAUAUAACAUGGUCAAAUGAUUU